ACACACACAUAUGCGCACAUGCACGUGCACACACACACAUACACAUACAAAUAUGCACACGCACACACAUACACAUACGCACACACACAUACGCACACACAUACACACACACACACACAUACACACACACACACACAUACACACACAUGCAUACACACAUGCAUUAUCGUGGCUAGGCUUCGCAAACGAAGGUUUGGAAUGGGAUGGGAUGGAAGGUUAUAAUGCAAACAUUACAGAUGUGAAUGUAUUGUUUUAG